CCUUGGCAAACCACGUUCAUCCGCCAUAGUGACUGUUUGAUAUAAAAUGAAAGAAGCGACUGAUACAAAUCCAUGCGGUGCCGGUAGUAAAGCUGGACAGACGAUUAUAUUUCAACAGUUAAGCAAGGAUGAACUAAGGCAGGAUGCUAUACACGAUUUUAUCUGCCAAAGCGUUAAUGGCCAACAGAUAGCGAUGCUGGGCAGCAAGACCGAACUAAUAACAUUGGAAUUAACUAGUAAAUUGAGUAUUAACAAGAACUUUCCUUAUGUAAUUAGCACUAGGCUAACCAGCCAGCUGCGCCCGCUGGAUAAACUAGCUGAGCAAGUGGACUUGCAAGGCAUCUAUGAGCGCAGUAAUGUGCUGGAACUGCAACAGUUGAGUUUGGAAUCGGUUUAUUCAGGUGUAUGCUCGCUGGAAGUGCCUGCGGCCAAGGAAAUUACUGCGAGCUGGGCGCCCAGAAAUCUACCGAACGGGAAAGCGCUGCUGGCGAGCCUAAAUAGUUAUGGUAGCCUGGAGCUGCUGUGCAAAGGAGAAGAGUUAGUUAAUUGGCAGCCUUAUAAGCAAGGCUUGGAUAUUAAUGCGUGCCUGAUGGAAACGCUGCUGCCGCCUUUUUCUAAGUCCGCUGCCAAGAUUGGAAGCUUUAAGAGUUAUCAAGAGUUUAUGCACCGCUGUUGGAUUACCAUGUGCGUCUGGCGGCCAACUAACAAUACCGAUGGUAGCUUGGAACUAUUGCUGGGCACUGCUGCGGGCAGCUUAUGGUUAUUAAAGCUGGAUGCGGAGGCGAAACAAUUGUUAGGACAUGCCACAUUGAACACGGAUCUUGACCGCAUUAGUCUGAUGCGUAUAAAAGAAGAGCUGCUGCUUGUAGCGGAUCAGGAGGGACGGCUUAACUUGUAUAAGUUCAGCUUGGAAGAAGGCUUUUGCUUGAUUAAGCAGCUUUGGCAAAAAGCGGAUCGUUUAGGUCUGCAAGCAGCGUGUAUAACAUACGAUCCACUGGAACAAUGCCACUAUAUAGUUUGCUGCAAAGCGGCGCAUCUGCUUUGCUGGUGCCUGAAGGAUAAUAACAGUUGGUUGGAGACGCGUCUGCAUGUGGGCGGCAUUAAAAUAACAGCUCUUUGUGAAUUGGAAUAUAAUAACUUUGCAGUGGCCACCGCACGCGGUCAGCUCUACAGCAUAAAUCUCAGCCAACAUUCUGGCCAGCUGGGCACCUCAAUGCAGCGCAUAAGCUACGAAGAUAGUGAGAACUUUAAUAUCAUUGGCCUGGUCAACAGUUUACAUCGCAAUUUCCUAACCGUGCUGCUCACACGUACUAAGGAGUAUCUGGUGAAUACGGCGCAUCUUCGUGUGCAGGUGAUUGCUAGUGUGGGCAAGCUCUAUGACAGCUCACCGCUGCAACAGCUAACCAAGCUUAUGAAUCCGCUGGAGCCCAUCAAUAUGUAUCCCGAUCUACUGGCAGACAUACGCAUGCACAUAUUCAAUGAGCAGCAGCUGGAAUUCUAUGUCAACUAUGCGCCCUUGGACAGCUUUAACUUUGAAGACUUGGCUACGGUGGAGCAACUGCAUCAACUACAGCUUAAAUAUCAUGUGCUGCAGGCACUCAGACAGCUGCAAGCUCAACAAUCGUUGCAUGCGUUAAUGUUGCGCAAUACGCAGCAUGAGCUGGAGCUGUUGCUGGUCAUGCUCAGCUUAACCCACAUACGCCUGCGUCUGCAGUAUCUGAACAGCUUGUCGACACUAACAGCAUUCCAGACCAGAGCAGCAUCUGCUCAGCUGACUGCAGCUGGCAACAUUAAAAACAAAUUGGCUGAGCAUUCCUUACCAGAACCAGCGUUUAAUGUGAUUGUAGCCAUGCUGCUGGCACAUAUGGAGCUGCAUUUUGAAACGCUGGAAGAACAGCUGCUAAAGCAGCGCAUUACUGAGACAACGACUGAGCUGCCAGAAGAUGCAGAGCUUUGUAGCAUUUCCUAUCUUCCGCUGACGUUCUCCCUAUCGCGUCACUACUGCACACUGUGCGGUCGCCAGGCCUGGCUGCAGGUCGAGGAACUGCAGCAGCUUUAUCCACCCGGACGCAUGCUGCUCUGUCCUUGCUGCCAUGGACGCUACACUUUGGAAAUCUGUGAUGCAUGAACUUCUAGCAGCGCAGCU